AUGGUGAGUAUUUCUUCUCUUUUCAGUCUUUUCCUGUAUUUCAAGGGAGUGGUCAAGCACCCCGCCGUGGAGUCCGUGGUGCAGUGCGAGAUCGAYGAGGAUGUGAUCCAGGUAUCUAAGAAAUACCUCCCAGGGAUGGCAGUGGGCUAUUCGAGUGCUAAGCUGACCUUGCACGUGGGAGACGGUUUUGAGUUCAUGAAACAAAAUCAAGAAGCCUUUGAUGUAAUUAUCACGGACUCGUCUGACCCCAUGGGUCCUGCAGAAAGUUUAUUCAAAGAAUCCUACUACCAGCUGAUGAAGACAGCUCUGCGAGAAGAUGGGAUUCUCUGCUGCCAAGGUGAGUGCCAGUGGCUGCACCUGGAUCUCAUUAAGGAGAUGCGUCAGUUCUGCAAGUCUCUGUUCCCCGUGGUGGAAUACGCCUAUUGUACCAUCCCCACGUAUCCCAGCGGGCAGAUUGGCUUCAUGCUGUGCAGCAAGAACCCGAACACAAAUUUCCGGGAACCCGUGCAGCAGCUCUCCCAGCAACAAGUGGAGGAGAGGAGUCUGAAAUACUACAACUCUGACAUCCAUCGAGCAGCUUUCGUCCUGCCAGAGUUUGCACGGAAGGCCCUGAGUGACGUGUGAGCCUCGAGAAGCUGCGUUUCCCCUCAAGUUGGACCCUGAGAUCAUCGGUGAUGUGGUGGGGACUUGCCCAGCAGACUGCAGCCUUGCUCCCCACUGUGCGGGACUGGUUAACCCUUUGCCAGCCAACAUUCCUUUUGGUGGUGUGUGGAAGAUGACGGGGCAAAAGCCACGUAAGACUAGUGAAAAGCUCCAGUGACUUCUUGCGUGGGGUCAAAACUAUUCUUUCCAGUGCUGGAAAUGUAAGGGUCUCCUUUUCUCCUCCCCUUCCUACGCCCCUUCUGUAUCCCCUCUCUCUCUCCCCCUCCUCCCCGCAGCUGACACGGUGUAUUUAUAACUGACAUGUAUUUCUGUCUGGCCAUCUUCCGAAACUUGGGAGGAGUCCAGAACGUUCUCUAACGCAGCCGUGAGCAGCGGGAGCAAGCGCUGCKUGCGGGACCUUGCCUGCUGCCUGCUCCCUGCUGCCGAGACGCCGUGAGCGCUGCCGGCCCCGAGCUCGGAGCCUCCGCGUCCCGCUGCGGCAGCGCCGGA